AGGAGGGAGACAUCGCUCAACCAUGCUGACAUAGUAGUUCAGAUUGGUAUCAAGUUCAUGUUACCUCAUGACUUCAAUUUGGAAGGGUGAGAUUCUUCAUGUCUCCUCUUUCACACAAUAUAUGCAUAUAUAUAUUAGGUAGAUGAAGGGAAGAAAAGGCAAAUUGAAUUCAGAUCACAACUUCCAAGUUUUUAUUUCCAGAAGAAAUAAUGGCUACCACCGGUUACCACAAUCGUUCCAAUAGCUUUCCCUCUCGAGCCCACCCUCUUGCUUCCAAGGUUGAUGAGCAUUUGAGCAGAUUGGCAUCGUCUGAGUCGGCAUCUACAUCGUCGUCCUUAAACCAAAAACUCGGUAGACUUCACGAUUUACAUGAUUGCACUGAGAAACUGCUUCUGCUACCCUUGACUCAACAAACCUUAUCCCAUGAGCAGCAAGGGGAAUAUGUCGAAGAGCUGUUGAAUGGAUCUCUUGGGCUUUUAGAUGUAUUCACCACUGCCAAGGAUGUCGUAUUGCAAGUAAAGGAACGCACUGUAGAACUUCAAUCUAUCUUGUGCUGAAAGAGAGGUGCUACAAAAGGCUUUGCUAAUGAGGUUAGAAAAUACUUGAGCUCUAAGAAGGCAGCUAAAAGGGCAAUCUUGAAGACCUUGAAGAAUUUGAAGCAAGAGGAAAGCACCGCUUUGAACGAGACCUAUGCCA